AUGAAUAGUAAACUGGCAAACUGCAUAGCGCACGAGUGUUUGGUAAAGUUUGACGCUCUGCAGAAAACCGGAAAACCGAACGAAGCCUUCGAGUGGACUAUUCUCUCGGCGAUCGUGCUUGUUCGCACGAGCGCUAGCUUGUCGCAACAACCUCGGGACACGGUCACAGAAAAGGACGACGACAAAUCCUUCACCGUGCAAGUGGUUGCUCUCGGGACGGGGACGAAAUGUCUCGGGGGAACGGAACUGAGUCCCCGCGGCGAUCUGGUGAACGAUAGUCACGCGGAGAUCUUGGCUAGACGUGCAUUUAUACGUUACCUUUUGGAGCAAAUCGAAAGAGCCGCCGAGGGCGUGAAGGAUUCUGUAUUCGAGCGUGUUUCUCCCGGGGGGAAAUUCGUUCUAAAAGAUGGUCACUCGUUUCACUUUUUCACGACCCAUAGCCCAUGUGGAGACGCUAGUAUAUUUGAGUUGGCAACGUCGAACGCCAGUGACGACGAAGAACCUCCCACUGCAAAACGUCCCAGAGGGACAGCGGGAGAUGAUGGAGAAGAGAACGUCGGUUCCGUGGUCACUUCUGGCAAGACCGGUGGUAAGUUGCUGCAGCCACUCUCCGAUACCGGGUGUGAUCUGAUGGCUCAGACGAUCGGAGCUGUAAGGACUAAACCGGGUCGCGGGGUGAGAACUUUGUCAGUUUCGUGCAGUGAUAAGAUGGCCCGUUGGGCAGUGCUCGGUGUCCAGGGUUCAUUGCUAAUGCUGCUGUUAGGGAAACCCAUCUACCUGGCGAGUGUGGUGCUGUGUGAAGGCACGGCACAUUCGGCAACUGCUCUGCGAAGAGCAAUUUGGGGGCGCUUCGAAAAGGCCACGAAGGACUCUGGGCUGCGACAUCCCUUUUCGCACAACUGUCCGGAGAUCGUAGCGGCAAACAAUGGAACUCCGUUUCGGUUUCGGAAAAACCGUCCUCUUACCAACAACACCGGAAUGUAUCAACCAUCGCCUUGUGGAAUCGUGUGGAGCAACGUUUCUGUCCGGCCCCAUGAGGUGGAAGUUAGUGGCCGGCGACACGGAGUGACAAAGCGUAAACUCGCAACACCGGCGGCUCGAUUACGAAUUUCCAAAAUUGAAUUAUUUGCCAGCUUCGUGCGAACGUACGUCAACAGCCGGCUGGUCGGCGACGGUAAUGGUGGCGCUGAAGGUUUGCAUAAUUUAGUUUCAACUCAGUGGCAGCGGCAGCAUAAUCACGCCACCGCCGAUCACCCGGGGGAACAUCGGGCCCGGGAAUGCGGUCAGCCACAGCAGCGGCAGCAGGAUGGUUGUGGGCAGCGUGCUGCGACAGUGGCUGCCAUGCGGGAUGUUGGCGAGCGGCUGUCGGGCAAAGGAAUUGCCGACGACAGACAGCCGGCGGAUAUUGCGAAACUUUCGUACGCGGCUGCUAAGGCCCUUUCGGUGGAUUACCGACGACAGUGGACCGACGUACGCGACACCGUGUUUGGCGGGUGGACAAAAAAGCCGGAUAGUUUCGGACAGUUUUUUAUUGAUGCUGACGCCUGGCCCGAACUUACAGCAGAUCGACCCUCGGGCAGCUGUUAGCGCUGCUUUGUGCUUGUUUCUGUAGGAAACUCAAAUUUCCGGAACUCUCGUUUUGGCGCACUUUAUGUGUAUUAUUUCACGUAACAUGUAUCGUUUCAAUA